AUGGUAUCCAGCAACAAAACAGAAACGCCCACAGGCGCAGCUUCGCUUGCUGAGUCAUCUUACGUCAGCGUCGAUGAGACUGAUAUUCGAGUGGUCAUGGACCAGAAUCCUAGUGGCGGCAAGCCAGCUUCAGAACAGAACACCUACAACCUAGAGAUGGACCCGUGCUUGGCAGGACGUCGAAAACCUACCAACCUUCCAUUCUGUCCUCACUGUUCCAAGAAGAACGUUCGAACCAUGACCAAGACCUAUCCAACUGCAGUGACUUGGGGUGCUGUGGCAGUGGGCGCUGUAGUGUUCUUUCCCAUUUGUUGGAUUCCAUUGGUCGUCGACAAGAUGAAGAAGACUGACCAUUACUGCCAAAACUGUGGCCAGAAGCUUGCUACACUCAAACCACUUGAGGGAGUGGGCGUCAAGGAGCGAUCUUAA